GCCGGCACUGACGCUGCGCAGAGCCAAGACGCGGUGGUGGAGCCAACAUGGGCGCUCCCGGCGGAAAGAUCAACCGGCCGCGAACGGAGCUGAAGAAGAAGCUGUUCAAGCGACGGCGGGUGUUGAGCCGGGAGAGGCGACUGAAGCGCCGGGUGAUCGGGGCUGUGAUAGACGAAGGGCUGAUCACGCGGCACCACCUGAAGAAGCGGGCGUCCAGUGCACGUGCCAACAUUACUCUCUCUGGGAAGAAGCGCAGAAAGCUCCUCCAGCAGAUCCGGCUGGCCCAGAAAGAGAAAGCAGCCAUGGAAGUGGAAGCCCCCACAAGGCCAGUCAGGACUAGUGAACCACGGCCCAAGCGGCAAAAGAAGACAAAAGCCUCCCAGGAUGUAGACAUGGAGGACCUUGAAGAUGAUAACUGAAUCUCUCACCCCUUCCACCAGAAGAUUCUCAGCUGGAGCCAGAAGGACUCUGGUUGUUUCAGAGGACUUUGGAGAAAGCAUUGCCCCUUUUCAUUCUCCUCAGACUCCUCUUUCUUGACGGCCUAGUGACCUGCCCCAGAGGGAUGUGUUGAGAGGAAGAGGUGGAGAAAAAAGACUGGAGAAUGGGGCUCCCUCGCAGUCAGCUCCACUUUUAAUAAAGCCCUAGAGUUC